UCGGUUCCAAGGAGACGACAACAUGGCGGAUCAGGCUGAAUCUGAGGAACAGUGUAUAAAGGAUCUUAGAGAGAAAUUUUUCAACGAGCACGCUGAAAACUUCACUGAAUUUGAUGACCAUGACCUGUCAAGACUUCGGCAUGAUGACUUUUGGUUAAGAUGCUUUGUAAGAGCUAGAAACCAUGAUAUCAACAAAGCAAUAGAAGCUCUGAUUAUAUGUCUUAGAUGGAGAAAAACGUYUUGUUUAAAUGAGUUAACAGAAAGACAAAUUGACAGAAGAUUGUUUGAAAUUGGAUUUCUUUAUCCUCAUAAUAGAGAUAAAGAAGGAAACUCAAUAAUUUUAUUCAUUGGUAAAAACUACAAGAAAGAUCCACAAAAGCACACAGAAAUGAAAAAAUUCUUAGUGUUCCUCCUAGAAAAGCAUGCUAGAAUGUACCCAAGCAGGAAGGUCACACUAGUGUUUGAUAUGCAGGAGACAGGACUCGCAAACAUGGAUAUGGAUUUUAUUAAGUUCAUAAUAACUUGCUUUACCAACUACUUUCCUAAUACUCUAGCUUGGUUAUUGGUUGUGGAGUUACCAUGGAUACUGUCAGCUGCUUGGAAGAUUGUAAAAACCUGGCUAUCACCUGAAGCAGUAAAUAAAAUCAAAUUCAUGAACAAACAAGAWUUACUGGAUUUUGUUGAUGAGGAUAAAUUGUUGGUGAAGCUAGGAGGAACUGAUGCAUAUCAAUAUUCCUAUCCACCGAGUAAGGAGGAUACUGGUCUUGGACCUACAGAKAGGGAUCCAGAGACUCUCGAUGCCCCUGCAGACAACAUAAGCACAACAUUGGCUGAUAAUACCUCACUUGGUAAAGAUGAUUAUCACUCAAUGAGGCUGUCAUUUGAUGAAUCAGAUACUUUAACAUCAAAAAAGGUUAAAUUUGAGGAAAAGGCUGAGAACAACAAUGCAGAGACAAACGAUUCCACAGUAAAUAAUGCAGUAAAGCUUGAGAAAUCAAGUACUAAUCGUCAGACACCCUUAAAAAAAAGCCCAACACAAGAGCAAAAAUCUGUUACCAAGCUUCUUAACAUCAAACCCGCGCAAGAGUUAGUUUUCACGACAGCACCAAACAACUCAGGGGAAAUACUUCAGAUUCUGACUCUGGACAACGGUACUUCUUCGUCUGUAGCAUUUAAGGUUAAAACUACUUCUCCUGAAGGGUAUCGAGUACGUCCAAGCUCAGGUUGUAUCAGCCCAAACUCCUUCACAGACGUGAGUGUGUUCUUACAGCCAGGUCAUGCGUCACAAGUUGGUCGAGAUAAGUUUCUGGUAAUGUCGACUGAAAUUAAAGAAGGGAUGACAGCAUCGGACACGGCAACUGUAUGGAAAACUGCUCCAAAAUSCAGCAUUCUCGAACACAGGCUGCGGUGUUCAACAGAUAAACCCACCAACACAACACAUCGCAGUGAUAGUUUAGAAGCGUCAGAAGAGACUACUCUUGCGGCCAAGGUAGACGCCUUGACGGAACACUUGAAAUCAGUUGAAAGAAAGGUUGAUAGGAUUGAUAAGAAGAUCUCAUACGUUGAGGAAGGCCUUCAAGUCUUCAUCAAAGUUCAACUGGGACUUUUCUCUGGAAUGAUUAUUCUUUUUUCAAUUGUUUUUUAUUAUUCAAUGUACGUUAUGMCAUAAGAGAACCUUCAUCAUAAGACUAGUAUCAACACCUGGCUUAUUACCCUGGGUGCUAGAGGCCCGUGUAGGUCUCAGUAGGGGGGACAGGAAGAGGCCUCUGGUACCCAGGGUACGGGCUAAUCUACAUCUAUUGAAAAAUGGGAAAUAAUCGAACGAAAUUAAUAUAGAAAUGAAUGGGAGUUUGUCAUAAAUUUUAAGACUGCUGGACUGAUUUUUAAGGUGUAUGAUAAAAUGAUCAUAAAUUUAGUGGGAAAAGCAGGUAUAGAUAAGUUAUUCUGAUUAGAUAAUGAACUUUUAGUAACUCAAGGUGAGAGAAUGUUAGCGAAAUCAAUUCAAGGCGCGUUUCAAGUCAUAUUAUAAAUAAUUUUUUUUUUUUUUAAAGAUAUACACACUGUAAUGGGGCUACCUUGGGUUGUUUUAUUUCUGUCGACCAAAAAGGAUAAUCUUUAGCUUUAAGAUUUACAUCAGUAAUAAAAUUCAUGAGUUGCUUUUUGAAUUCACAUAAAGAAAUGAAUAAAAGAAAAUACAAUUUCGAA